CGAUGGACACACUCUCUGGUUGCAGGCAACCACACCAUUCCUCCUUCAGAUACACACAGUAGCACAUCCUCGGAUGAUACAUCGUCAGUCUGCCUUCGUCCUUGGUCUGUCCACAAUGCUUCGCUGUCACACCCCUUCUGUCGUCAUUCCAAUUUCCUCACUAAACACUACCCCCUCCACUCGCCUCUCCCUCCUCGCACUAUUUCAUCUCGCUCUUUCGCUGCACAUGCUAUAUCACUUCCCUCGACAACCACUAUGUCGUCACUCCCCUCUCCACCCUCGCAACGCAACCAGCUGUCGUAUUAUGAUAUGAAAUUCCUGAAGUGUCGGAUGCACAUCUUCGACAAACAGCACAAAGCUGAAGUACAAGAAAAAAGGUUGUUGGAUCGAAAAGACAUGGAGGAGAAAAUAUAUCUUUGUGGGCGCGACGCGGGAUAUUCUGGCGACAAGCAUACCUUCCUAGAACUAUUAUAUUAUAGAGCCCACAUCGCCGAUCCAAACGAACGAGAUCCGAGCAAACCCUUUUCUGAGGGAGGUUUUGAUAAAGUUACACACUUACAACGUGCAAUUGUGAAAGCGGCGGAAUCACUAAAUGGGCCAAAGCCAGCGCCGCUCUUUAUCCCUUCAUAUGACCAGCGUCGUCUUUUCGCCAGAGAAAAGGAUGAAGAAAUAGCAAAGCAGUUACCGCCCAAGCGAGCACCUCUGCCAGCUGCAUUGCCGCCUCCCGACGACGCUGAAGUGGACGCACUCCUUGCGAAAAAGGGCGUUAUAUCCAAAAUUUUUAGAGAACAGGUCAUUGAUAAGGAUUUGUGCCGCUUGCAGCCCGGUCAAUGGCUAAAUGAUGAGAUUAUCAAUUUCUAUGGCCAGAUGGUUAUGGCACGCUCUGAAGGUAUCAAAGUAAAUUCCACCACAGCACUAGUGCAGCGGCAUGAGAGGAAACCUCCCAAAUCGCAGGCGUUAGAUGUGCAUUAUUUCAGUACAUUUUUCUGGACCAAGCUAAAAGGGGAAGGAUACGAACGCGCAAGAUUAGCAAAAUGGACGAAAAAGUUCGACCUUUUUGCUAAGGACAUUGUUCUUAUUCCCAUUAACCAUAACAACUCCCAUUGGACGUGUGCUGCUAUCAACUUCCGACGAAAACGCAUAGAAGCAUAUGACAGUAUGAAUCUUCAUCCGGGGCAUGUCUUCAAGGUAUGUGGUAAAGGGCUGGUAUCACUCUUAGGUUUAUCCUUCGUGUCUAAACAGAUUCUGCGUCACUAUCUUGAUUUGGAACAUCGGAGCAAGAAGAAGAAACCAUUUGACUUCGGUGGUUGGGAAGACUACAGCUCGGGGGAUACCCCACAGCAGGAAAAUGGGUCUGACUGUGGCGUCUUCACCUGCCAGUUUCUGGCUUCCCUUGCUCGUGGUGAGGAAUCGUUCAGGUUUACACAACAAGACAUGUUAUAUCUUCGGAGACGCAUGAUCUGGGAGAUCGGACACGCAGAGCUCCGUGAAGAUGUAUAAGCUGUUGCGUAUUUAUAACCAUUUAUAACCCUAGGUGCUCGUACUUCACUCACAGCAGCAUGAUUUAUCUGCCUUGAAAUAUUUACAUUAAACUAGAGUACGUCGAGUUUCCUCUUAAGAAUCCAGAGUGGAUUUGUUUGCAGUGCCGGUUAAGUAACAUUAUAGCAUGUCUACAACA